AUGCAGGGCUUCAACCAAGAAGGCCUGACAACGGGCAAUAAACUCGCCGGAAAGCACGCACUCGGCGCGCGCGCGCGCCACCUACACACAACAGGCGCACUAAUCGUGCGCUUUGAGAUGCCCUUCGCAGUAUGGUGCACAACCUGCAAGCCGCACCCAAUAAUCAUCGGACAGGGCGUGCGCUUCAACGCAGAGAAGAAAAAAAUAGGCAACUACUACUCAACGCCGAUAUACAGCUUCCGCAUGAAACACACCGUCUGCGGCGGCACAAUCGAGAUCAAGACCGAUCCCCAGAAUACCGCGUAUGUCGUUACCGAGGGUGGACGGAAACGCGAUACUGGUGAGGACAAGGAACUGCAGCCCGGGGAAAUUGCUAUCAAGCCCUAUGCGCGAGAGAUGGAUCCUGCGGAGAAGGAUCCGUUUUCGAAGAUUGAGGGGAAGGUCCAGGAUAAUCUUCGGGCGAAGACGGAGGCGGUUCGCAUUCUUGAGCUGCAGGAACGGCAGAACCGGGAUUGGGAGGAUCCGUAUGAGAAGUCUAUGCGGUUGCGGAGGACGUUUCGGCAGGAGAGGAAGGGGCUUGAGAAGGCUCGAGCUAAAAGCGAGGCCCUCAAGGACAAAAUGAGUCUUGGGAUUGAGCUUUUGGAUGAGACGGAGGAGGAUCGGCAGAUGGCGAGGAUGGUGGAGUUUGGGGGGGACCUGGGUGCUGCUGGCUCGCAUGCUGCCCGCGUGACUCGUCUUCGGCCUAUGUUUGAGCAGCGGGAGGAAAAGCCUAUAGGAAAGACGGGGCUUGGAGAGACAAAGUCUCGUUCUUCGAGGCGGUCUAGGAAGGAUGAUCUGGUUGAGACACGGAAAGCUUCUCUCCGUCGUGAGCUGGCUGGAAAUACCCGUGCCGUUAUUGAUCCGUUCUUGGUAGAUGCCGGUAAUAAAAACGCAUGGCCACCUAGCAUCAAGAAGAGGAAAAUCGUCGCCUCUUCGACUUCGUCACUCCGCAGAGAUUCUAAUGGCACAGAAGUCGAUUCUUCUGCCGUGGCACCAACACCAGCGCUGGUCAGCUACGCUUCCGAUUCGGAGUGA